AUGAGCAGACGGGUUAAACGCCAUCAGAACGCUGACGCUUCGGAUCGGCCGGAUCGCGUGGACGGGGCAGUCAAAGGCAGAGUUUACACUGACCGUCUUUUGCUCCGGCGAACCAUGUUCAUCGAUAUCCCCUUCUGCGUUUUCUGGACGGGUUCGCUUUUUUGUUUUGUGCUGUUGUUUGGUUUCGAACAGGUAGUUUCUUGCACGCGGACCAAGGACAGAGGGCGAUACCUACCGGAGUGGGUGGCAUACCACUGGGCGAUGGGCGUGGACGAGAUGAACAUCUUCGAUGAUGACAGCGUAGACGACACUAGAGAGGUUCGCAUUCUUGUGUGACGUUGGGCGACUGCGAUCGGGUGGUUGUCUGGUCUUGUUCUGUUAUAGUGCGGUGCAUGUCGUGGGACGGCGGUUGGUGUGUGGAGUUAGAUCGAUGCACGGAAUGUGUUGUCUAGAAAUUGGCUCGGACGGCAACGUUGGUUGAUUCGGGGCGACCAUUGGGACAAUCGUGCAGUCGGUUUUUGGCAGCCUUUCCGGUGAAGUAGUCUAUCGGAACAGAUGGCUUUCUGAUCGCACCGCCUCGAGCUACGGAGAAAACGCGUGUGGCGAUGUUAGCCCGGUACAUGGAGGGCUCCAGAUCAACACUUGCGUCCUUGGGAUACACCGCCAUCGAUGAUUUGGUUUCAUGGCGACUAUGUAGAUCCUAGGCGUCCGCGGCUUAUUCCCGUUAUUGGAAA